GUAAUUCACUACUAUGGUAUGAAAGUACCACUGUAUCACCAUGCUCUGCUGUCACGAGGCCCUCCAGUGUGCUGUGUGUCGUCUCCAGUGUGCUGUGUUGAAGGAUGAGCCGUUUGCUGAAUGUGUUGAGGAGUUGGCUGCUCAUGGUGUCUGUGAUCGCGGUGGGGAACACAGUGCAGAGCUUCAGAGAUCACAGCUUCCUGUCCCAAAAACUCUACACCGGCACACCAGAUUAUGUAAACGGUCUUCAGGCGAGAACCUUUGGCAUAUGGACCCUCCUGUCCUCCAUCAUCCGCUGCGCUUGUGCCAUAGACAUUCAGAACCGAACGCUGUAUCACGUCACGCUGUGGACAUUCGUUCUGGCUCUUGGCCACUUCUUGUCGGAAGCGUUUAUCUAUAAAACCGCUCCGUUGACCAUUGGAGUCAUGGCUCCGCUGAUUGUAGCGAGUGUCUCUAUUGUGGGCAUGUUGAUCGGCUUCCAGUGUAUCGUUGAGCCUCAGGAAGUGAUGGGAUCUCGUCAGAAGAAGAGGAACUGAGUGAUGUUCCCAGCAUCAUCACUGCCGAUA